AUGCCUGCUCUCCAGGCCAAGGGCCGAGACGAUCUCGUCAUGGCUACAAACAAUAGCAGCAUCGUGUCGAAGAGAAGCGUAGAGCGCAUCUACUAUUCCGGCGAGCGCGAGUACUACCGUUACUUUGUCAAAAAGUACCAAAGGCGAGCUCCGCUCAUAAACCGCGGGUAUCACCUUCGACUCCACUUGAUUGAUGUCAUGACCAUGUUCCGCUAUCCAGAGCACUGCGAGGGUGUCAAGUUUGUUGAUAUCGACUUUCCCGAUGUCAUAAUUGCGAAGAGGAACAUUGUGAAGCAGUCCGUUGAGCUUCAGGAGCCUUUGACAAAUCUGGAGUUUCUGGAACACCCUCGUGUUUUGCUUAAAAGUGACCAGUAUUUCCAGAUCGCCUGUGAUUUGCGUCAGUCGUCUGUCAUUGGCAAAGAUCUCUCGACGCUCGUCGACACUGCCAGCUCUGAAUUUCUGUUCGUGGCCGAGGUUUCCAUCACCUAUAUGGAGUUUGCGUCCGCUGAUGCAAUUAUCCACUGGGCCAGCACGAUUGGAGACGCUGAGUUCUGUCUCCUCGAGCAGAUCUUGCCAGGGGGGCCAGCCGUGCCGUUUGCACAGACGAUGAUGCAGCAUUUUGAUAGGUUGGGCACGUCUUUGAAAUGCAUUCACGACUAUCCCACUAUAGACUCACAGAAAAAGCGAUUCCAUUCCUUGGGCUGGCUGGAAACUCGGUGCUGGUCUCUGUGGCAAGCGUGGAAGGACCCCUAUUUCCUAUGCGCUGCCGACAGGUGCCAGCUAGACAAAGUGGAAGUCUUUGACGAGUGGGAAGAGUUUGCCCACUUUGCAAGUCACUACUUCAUUCUCCACGCAAGCAAUUUGGCCCCGGACCGGAGUUCUGGCGAUGAAGUCUCGGCCAAGAACACCGGAACACCUGUAUCUGACGUCAGCCUAAGCUUUUCGCCAGUCGGACAGCACAAAAACACCGGACUGAGGCGAUUUGGCGUGCCAUUGAUCGUCAAGGAUGCUCUGGGAGAUCCCUGUCUGGCCAAUUUAUUUGGCAUUGGAACCGAUUGUCGGCUUCCGUCAUACGACGUCUACAGUGCUCGUGGCGAACAGACGACCAUUGAGGAUGACCUACUUCGAGGAGGAGGGCCAACAGCCAGGACGUUCUCGACCCUCACAGAUAUUGGUGAUGCCGGAUAUCUGCUGACCGGCGGCCGUGCUUCUCCAGCCAGCCCUUUCAGAGACUCGUGGAUCAUAAAAAAGGACACAUAUCGGUGGCAAAAAUCACAUGAUCUUCCGCUGCCAUUGUUCAGACAUGCAGUAACACGGCUUCAUAACGCACAGCUGGCUCUUUUGGCUGGCGGAAAGUCAAGUGCCUCUGCGCUUUUCCCUGGCUAUCUUCUUUAUCAUCCUGCAAAUGGGUGGACGGAGUGCAAAGUGGUCAGCUCAUUGCGGCCACCCGCACUUUUUGGGGCUGUUCUUUUCUGCUCGGGGAGAGUGCGCGAAAACAGCAGCGCAUUUUACGGUACUUUGGCUGGCGGCAUGACGGCCGACAACAUUGUCUACGAUCAAGCUGUCAGAUGGGUGAUUGACGUGUCUCAGGUCAAGACAUGUUGGCUGCGCAUCUACUUUGCCGAUUUGGGGCUGCGCGCAGGAGCCUCUAUGGACUACGUGAAGACUUCGUCCAUUGUCAACGAUAAGUCGAGCAUAGCUGCUGGACCAAAGGCGCAGACAAAGCCUACAGAGACCACACCCAUUCCUCGUCUGAAAUUGGAAUCAAAGGAUCACUUCGCAAGCAUACUCCAGGCCGGAAAGCCAUUUGUAUUUGAGGGUCUUAGCAUCGGAUCCUGUACGGCGAAAUGGGACACCGACUAUCUGGCCAAGCAUGUAGGCCCUGGUCGCAAUGUUGUUGUUCACGAGGCAUCAAGUCCGACCAUGGACUUUGUGUCCAAGAAUUUCCGGUACACAACCCGGGAGUUUGGCGACUUCAUCCGCGAUGUGGGCAUGGGCAAGCAGCUCUACCUUCGGGCCCUCUCAGCCAACCAGCCUUCAGAUGUGCCAGCACGACUGUAUAUGGACUAUCCAAGCCUCUCGGACGACUUCGUUCUGCCCCCGGAGCUGGAGUUCGCCCGCGAGAGAGUUCACAGCUCCGUGUUGCGCAUCUCUGGCUCUGUCAAUAUGUGGCUGCAUUACGAUGUUCUCGCAAAUGUAUAUUGCCAGGUGCAGGGGUCAAAGCGCUUUUAUCUCUUCCCUCCUUCCGACGUGAUGCAGCUCGGAUUCGGACCCGGUGCAUCCAGCUCCAGUAUCGACGUGUUUUCAUCUAUAGCAACCGGAUCGCUGACUGACUGUCACCCCUACGAGGCCAUUGUUGGCCCCGGCGAUGUUUUAUUUAUUCCACAGCUGUGGCUGCACACUGCCAGCCCUCUGUCCACAAGCAGCGUUGCUGUGAACGUGUUCUUCCGCGACCUGGAAGCCGGCUACUCUCUGGGACGUGACGUGUAUGCAAACAGAGACCUGGCGGCGUAUGAGAAAGCCCGACAAGACAUAUCCAAGAUAUCGAAAAUGUUCAGGGGCCUCCCCCUCGAGACAAAAGAAUUCUAUGUUCGACGAAUUGCGGACGAGUUGAUGCGGAAAGUAUUAGAAUAG